GUUGUGGGUUUUAGGGAAGGGAAGGGAAGCGAGGAAGGACUUGUUUAGAGGAAGUCCUAAAGGCCACUUAAGGGCACGCAGAGGCCCGGAGCUGGCUUUGCUCAGAGCUUGUAGCGGCGCCACAAUCUCUGUCCUCUCAGGAACAGGAACUGGCUUGACGUCCUUUUCCUGCCCUAUCCAAGCCCCUGUUCUUGCAGCCCUUCUGAAAGCUCAGCCUGGCACCGGCCCCAGCGCCCCAGCCCCUGGCCAAGCCUCUGCUGUCAUUUCUCCUCCCUCCUCUCAGUCUGCAGCUGCGGGACGGGCCGGGCUCCUCAGUUUCUGCUGUGUUGUGACCCCACAAGGCGCUCAGCACCCAGGGAAGAAACACCCGAAACCCUCCUGCCAGGAAGACCAGGGCCUGGGAAGAGGGUCGCUCUCCGGCCAUUCUCCCCUCACCCUCCUCGCCUUCCUCACAUCCUGUGCCCUGGGGGACCAGCAGCUGCUUCCACCCAGAACAAGCGGGAGCCUGUGUCAGGAAAGCAUGUCAGAGCAGAGCUGCCAGAUGUCCGAACUGCGGCUCCUCCUCCUGGGGAAAUGCCGCUCGGGAAAAAGUGCCACAGGAAAUGCCAUUCUGGGCAAACAUGUGUUCAAGUCCAAGUUCAGUGAUCAGACAGUGAUCAAAAUCUGCCAGAGAGAGAAUCGGGUCCUGAGAGAAAGGAAGGUUGUGGUAAUUGACACCCCUGACCUUUUCUCCUCAAUAGCUUGUGCUGAAGAGAAGCAACGCAACAUCCAACACUGCUUGGAGCUCUCUGCUCCCAGCCUCCAUGCUCUGCUCUUGGUAAUUGCCAUCGGCCAUUUCACAAGGGAGGAUGAGGAAACAGCCAAGGGCAUCCAACAAGUGUUUGGAGCUGAAGCCAGGAGGCACAUCAUUAUUGUCUUCACUCGGAAGGAUGAUUUGGGGGAUGACUUGCUGCAAGAUUUCAUUGAAAAAAACAAACCUCUCAAGCAGUUGGUUCAAGACUAUGAGGGCCGAUACUGCAUUUUCAACAACAAGACCAAUAGUAAGGAUGAGCAGGUCACCCAGGUGUUGGAGCUCCUUCGCAAGGUUGAGUCUUUGGUGAAUACGAAUGGAGGACCCUAUCAUGUGAACUUCAAAACUGAAGGCAGCAGGUUUCAAGAUUGUGUGAAUGAAGCUACAUCUCAAGAGGGAGACAAGCCACAUGGCCCAAGGGAGAGGCAGCUGCAGUCCACAGGACCCGAGCAGAAUCGGGGGACAUCAGAACUGACAGUCCUCCUUGUGGGGAAACGCGGUGCUGGAAAAAGUGCAGCAGGAAACAGCAUUCUGGGGAGGCAGGCCUUUCAGACUGGAUUUAGUGAGCAGUCAGUAACCCAGAGCUUCUUGGCUGAGAGCAGAAGCUGGAGAAAAAAGAAAGUUUCGAUCAUUGAUGCUCCGGACAUCUCAUCUUUAAAGAACAUUGACUCAGAAAUCAGAAAACACAUCUGUACAGGCCCCCAUGCCUUCCUGCUGGUGACACCACUGGGCUUUUACACUAAGAAUGAUGAGGCAGUGCUGAGCACCAUCCAAAACAAUUUUGGAGAAAAAUUCUUUGAGUACAUGAUCAUACUUCUUACCAGGAAAGAAGAUUUAGGGGAUCAGGAUCUAGAUACGUUCUUAAGAAACAGCAAUAAAGCUCUCUAUGGUCUCAUCCAGAAGUGUAAAAACAGAUAUAGUGCCUUCAACUACCGGGCAACAGGAGAAGAAGAGCAAAGGCAGGCAGACGAGCUCCUGGAAAAAAUUGAGAGCAUGGUGCAUCAGAAUGGGAACAAGCAUUGUGUUUUCAGAGAAAAAGAAACCCUGAACAUUGUCCUUGUGGGGAGAAGCGGGACUGGGAAGAGUGCGACCGGGAACUCUAUCCUGGGGAGCCUCGUCUUCACCUCUCGGCUCCGGGCCCAGCCAGUCACCAAGACCAGCCAGAGUGGCAGGAGGACAUGGGACGGACAGGAGGUGGUGGUUGUGGACACUCCUUCCUUCAACCAGAUGCUGGAUGUCGAAAAGGACCCAUCCCGGUUAGAAGAGGAGGUCAAGCGCUGUUUGUCCUGCUGUGAAAAAGGGGACACAUUUUUUGUCCUGGUGUUCCAGCUGGGACGAUUCACUGAAGAAGACAAAACAGCGGUGGCGAAACUGGAGGCCAUCUUUGGAGCAGACUUUACGAAAUACGCGAUUAUGCUGUUCACCCGGAAGGAAGACCUAGGGGCGGGGAAUUUGGAAGACUUCAUGAAGAACUCAGAUAACAAAGCCCUUCGGCGCAUUUUUAAAAAGUGUGGGCGUCGAGUUUGUGCUUUUAACAACAAAGAAACAGGCCAGGCCCAGGAAACCCAGGUGAAAGCUCUUUUAACAAAGGUCAAUGAUCUGAGAAAGGAAAGUGGGUGGUCCGGGUAUCCCCACACACAGGAGAACGUCAGCAAACUAAUUAAAAAUGUCCAGGAAAUGUCCCAAGCCGAAAAACUCCUUAAAAAUUUAAUAGGUAUUUUACAAUAGGUAGCCGAAGUGCCUGGGGUCUCUUCAAUUAGAGACACCCUAAGGUUGGGGGGAGGGGCGGGGCAUGGUACAACCUGUGGGAAGGGAAGCGGGUUCAUGGCUUUGAGGGCCUGAGAGGCAAAUGCAUCCCGCCUUGUGAUGUAUCAGCUAUUUGUAGAUACAUACAUUGCAGGCGGGGGCGAAUAGUAGGGUAUUAUAAAGGAGAAAGAAGAUACAAGGUGGGGAAAUCUGGAAAAAGAUUUCAGACAUUAGGCUGAUAAUAAGUGGUAGAAUCAAGUCACAAGAAUCACCUCACCUGUGUAGGUAGGUUGGAAUCAGGAUAGACACUGUGAUCAAGGCUGAGGCCACCUGGGAUCAGAAUAUAGAUAGUCGUACAACAACCCAGGGGAUCCAGAUACAUGAGACCAGGGCAGCGUUCAGCACACUCCUGGGCAUGGCGGAAGUAGGAAACAGACUCCAGAGGGCCUCCCUGUUGUCCAGGGCUGUUGGCUCCCUGAGCUCUCCUGUCUCCUUUGGGAUGCGACUUAGGGCUAGAGUGUUCCUUUCUUCACACGUUAGCCAUUCCUUACGGCUCUUCACGUUCCACACCUAGAUGUGAAGUGGGACAUAGUCUUCCAUUGCUGGCUGUCCCUGAGGAAACGGACAUGAGUCUUGGAGGUUCUGAAUGAUAUUAUUGCUAAUUAUCACAGUGACAUAGACUAGAACAGAAAUUAGAAGCAUAGUAAGAUUGCCAAAAUCAGAGAAUCUUGCAAAGUUCUGUAAUUCCAAGUGUUGUUCUAGAUUUCCUCUAGAGAAGGUUAUUAGAAUCUCCAUUGCGUUUCUCUUUCUCCCUCUCUUUCCCUUGAGGUUAGGAAACAGGUUAAAACUCAGAGAACUCCAAUAAUAAUGGUUUAAAAACAUCAGGGGCUUCCUGUAUCUCCUGUCAGGAAGCCGAGGAAUAAGCAGGCUGGGGCUGGUGGGCGUCAACAUCCCAGUUUUGUUCUAUCUUUCUGUCCCACCUGCACUGGGAUGUGGCUUCUACACUCGAGUUUGCUUCUUGGUUUCAAGACAGUGGUGUUCUUUCCAUAGCUGAGCAGAUUAUUUUGAGAGGUGGGUGAUAUGUGAGAGAGAAAUCUGGAACCUCCUGGGUAGAUACAGGAUAAGAUAGAUACAGGGUAAAAUGUUGAGCACUUUGUACAUGCUUUGAGAGCAUAAUCUUUGUCAUCUGUUUUUUUCCCCUAGACAAUAUCAGGUUACCGUCAACAUUAAUCCAUUUAAAAGGACAUGGACUGUUGCCAUUAAUACUUUUGGAUUCCAUAUAACCCUUAACCCGAUAACUUCUAGAAAAUGUGUGUGCCAUAGACACAAAGAAGGGAACAAUAGACACCAGGGUAUACUUGAGGGUGGAGGGCGGCAGGAGGGUGAAGAUUGAAAAGCUGCCUAUUGCGUGUUAUGCUGGUUUCCUGGGUGACAAAAUUACCUGUACACCACACCCCUGUGACACACAACUUACCCAUGUAACAAACCUGUGCAUGGACCCCUUGAACCUGAAAUAAAAGUUGGAAAGUAAAAAAAAAGUGUGUAAAUAUAUUUAGUUGAAUCAAAUAAUAAAGAUGAAUCAGAUUAUGAAUUCA